AUGGGUUUCGAGAUCGACGAGAACGUGCUGCUGAAGGUGUCGGGCGUGGGGGCCAUCGCCUACUGCGCGUUUGCGGCUGCUGCGCCCCGAGAGUUUCACAACACCUUCAUGACCUCGACGGCGCCCCUGUCUGCCGCCGCGUGGCGCUACCAUGGCACUGUGGGCAUGAUGGAGACCAAGAAGGACAUGCUGAAGGUGGCCGGCGUCGGCUGGCUGGCCUGCGCGGCACAGAACGCCUACAACGGCUACUCCAAGGCGAGCCUGCAGGCAAACCCCACCCAGCCCAAGGAGAUUGCCACGGCCAACGCCAUUGGGCAGGCGGUGCUGGGCUCCCUGUGCCUGAUGAAGGGCUUCGACUGCUGCUGA